AACUCGCACAGUGAUCAGUGUGACUGGUCGUAAACAAAGGAUCGAGACCAUCAGAAAACAUCAAUCUCGAUUUGUUUUCCACAGGAGCCAGGUCCAUUGCUUUCAGUCAAUGGCUACUAAAAGGAGAAAAUUGGAGUCUGAAGCUCCAGGCGUCAUCAGUCGUAAGGUCACCAUCAAUGAUUUGCCACCCGAGUUUUUGUCUCAAAUCUUCAAUUUUCUUCCUGCCGUAGAUUUAUUUCGUUCGAGAGCAGUAUGCAAACGUUGGAGAGAUUUUGGUUCUGAGGGCUGGCCGGGAGUCAGAACUCUCGAUCUCAUCGCUAUCGAGAAAUUGAAGAAUAAAAGUUCCUUCAUCCCUGGGCCGAAACGAAAAAACAGGUUCGCUAAUGAUGACGAGUAUCCGAGUUUAAAUGAGAGGUUCGCGGUGGAUUACCCACAAAUUUUGUCACUCCGUGGAAAGUUUGCCAAAGUCCUGAAGAUCCCGGUGGCCAGCAGCUUCGACAUGAUCAGAAUUGCCGCUGAGAGCUGCCGGAACUUGACCAGCAUCGUUAUUCGUUUUCAAACUUUUGAGGACAAAUGGAGACACUGCAGAGACCUCGAGACUUUGUUUGAGAAUAGCAGGGGAACACUGCGAAGAGUGGUACUUGAGAAUGUAGGCAGGGACUUCAGUACACACGCCGACUGUCUUCUUGAGUUACCCGAGGAGUUGGUGGAGCUGCAGUUGUGGGGAUACAAAGCUCAUUUUGCAUCCUACCUAGAAACCAUCACUACUCCCUCAUUCGAGUUCUUCAUCCCAGCAAUCCAAAGAUUGAAGAAGUUGCAAAUUCUAGUGCUGAAUGGCCUGAGUAUUGACGGCUCUCAACUCGAGAUGAUUGGGAAUUUCCAUGAUCUUCGAUAUCUCGAGAUUUUGUGGAGCUUUCCUGCAAAUUCGACUCUUCCCGAUAUCGAAGUAAUCUCCACCUGCUGUGAACUGGAGUACCUCUCAUUGCACAAGCUGAAGGCUAUGGGCGUUGUUUGGUUCGACAACCUCGUGAAGAACAAUCCAAAUUUGAAGCACUUCAAAUUGCAGUAUUGCAAAUUGAGGGCAAAACUCAUUGAGAGACUGUCUGCAUUGUCCAAAUUAGAGACUCUGAGUUUGACUAACCUCCUCCUACCCAAGAGAACUGAUUUCCGUGGAUUCACUCAUCUGAAAAAAUUCAUCUGCUCUGACGUUCAAAAUCAUCAUGUCAAGGUUCUGUUAGAGGCAGCACCAGAACUCAAUUUUCUCAAUCUGAGGGACUCCAAAAAUAUCACCUCUGAAGUACUGAACACGGCUCACGAGGUAACUACUGCUCGAACGAAUGGUAUUCCCCUACAUAUAGUUGUGCCAGAUAAUGUUUUGGAAAAAUGGGAGAUCCCAUGGAAGAUAUCUCCACUCCUGAUAUUGGAAAGCACAGCCAUAUUUAACGAAACUACUCGAGGGGGCUAUGACGGCAAUGUGGAAGAAAUAUUCUACUGAAUACGCAAGAGAAACAAAAGUUCGAGUCUUCAGAGGAACGACUGGUCAAUCCUAACAACAAAUCCUAAAUAAGAGUUACCAAUAAUUCUAUUUAUUUCAUAGGAUUAUUCUGUCAUUGAGAUUCAGUGACUUUUUGUUCCCGAAUUCUACCGAUUUUUUCUCAGAUUUCAGUGAAAAAAUAAAUAAUUGCUUUAGCCAUUCUUAAAGGGGGACUACUGUGGGUUUCAACAUUUUCAAGUUGUUGAAGUGAGAUUUAUUGUGCAUUGAAGGUCGAUUAUAUAUGUCUAAAAACGAAUAAUUAGUGCAAAAAAUUGACUGUUUAUUAUUCGUUUGCCCCGCAGACGCUUGAAGUGUUAAAAAUAGUGGUAUUACAAAGGUUUUCCUUUCAAAAUUGAAAAAAAAGUGUACAAUAACGAUUACGAGUGAGUUUUUUAAAAUUGCACUCCUACACAGCUCAUUUCGUAUUUUUUUAUUUAUAAAAUGGCGCCAUUUAUGGAAAAUAACCAGAAAAAUGAUUCUCAAAAUAUUAAAAAUAUAUUCUCAAUUCUUUCAGAAACAUUUUUCUAUUUUACCUGAAAGUUGCAAUUUUUUAUGUUAACAAGAUGGAAUAUAGCUGUGCAAGAAUUGAAUUUCAAAAAACUAGCUCGUCAUUGGUAUUGUACACAUGUGUUCAAAAAUUUUGGAAAAAAUAACCUCUGUAGCUCAAAAAUUGGAGGCCCCGGACUAUUUUUAGGUAAAUGAACAACAAACAAUUUUUUUUUUGUACUAAUUAUUCAUUUUUAGAGAUAUAUAAUCGAUCUUCAAUCUAUGAAAAAUCUCACUGCCGUAGUCCGUGACUUUAAAAAUUCAUAGUAGUCUCCCCUGAAAAGUCGAUAAAAACAGGGGAAUCCCUGAACAUUCAAACUGUUUUUUAUCUGUGCCGUUAGCAUGGAGAGGAGAGGAAUCAUUCCAUUCAUUCUGUUUUGUCCACUUUUAUUCUUUUUCGUUUGGAAAGCCUUCACAUGGGACCAAACCUUUCGCUCGCUUUGCGAAUGAUGAUUAUUGGAUUCUUUCACGUAUUUGUUUCUCUUGGAAAACCAAUAGAUAUGUAUUAUUAUAUUAAGUAGUUGUAAGAUUGAUAAUAUGCAGGCCACUUACUUUGUAAAUAACAUAGUCAAUCUCACCAUCAGUAAAAUCACGUAAUUUUGCGGUUUCCAUUGUGAAGCUCGCCAUAGUUGUUUCGUGGAUGAUUUUGUGAAACCAUUACUGUAACUAUUCGCUGUUCAUUGCGAUACUAAAUGUUUCCAAAGGAUGAUAAAAAUACCAGAUGCUUCGUCCAGAUGAAUUACCAUAUCAAUCAAUAUGUAGCUCAUUUAUUUUGUAAACAACUUUAGUUGAUUUUUUCGUAACAAAAAUAUACAAUUUUUCCACUUACAUUAUAAAUUGUUA